UAAUCGAUUCAUCGUGGAGCAGCCCUAGGUCAAGCGAAUACUUCUGGUAUUUUGUUCUGGGUGUUUCCAUCCAGGGUCAUGCGUAAGUAGUAUAAUACCCAGUGCUUUGUGUAAUACUUUCAUAAGGACUUGUAGAGAUUUGAGGAACAUUGACUGUGAGUCAUUUUGUAGUUGAAGGAGUCAGGAACGUGUGCGAGGACGUGAUCGCUUCAAGAAAUGCAGAGGCAGCUGGCUGUGAAAGAUGCAAACAUGACUUCAGGUGAUUCAUUGGCGAUGAUAAGAGUCUGGUGCAGCAGGUAAAGCAUUGAGCGUGAGAUCGAGGGAUCCCGCCUACCCAUGGAUGCGUCACUCGGCAGGCCCUGACUCACAGAGCGGUGUAGUAGUGGGUGCGGACUCUCCUGCCAAAACUCGCACACUUACACUCAACUACUUACGGCCUCUCUUACAUCAUCAGACUUACAGUUAUGACACCAUACCACAACACCAAAUAAAAAUACUUCCAUUAUUCUACAGAGAGACCAAGUCAUUUAUAACAACUUUGCGAGAAUACUUCUCGUCGUUUUAUUCUUCAUUGCAGAUGUGGAAUUUGCCCACAGAUGAACGAUAAAAAACGAUGGGUUUGAUUAAAGCGUUUAGGAUCAGAUGAGCUUUGUGAAAUGACAGUAGACGUUUUCUCUAGAAGAAAUAAACGUGAAACACGUGAGAAUGUGCAAAGAUGAUGAAGUCUGUCUUACUCAUUCCUAGAGUCCCGGCGUGUGUCAUCUACGUAUAGAGCGAGAGGAGGCAUGGCAGCAGUAGGAUGUGUGAUGACACCACCUUAUGGGCACCUUUCAGAAAUAGCAAACUCACCACACACUCUUACACACGCUGCCCAGGCGAACAUGUGGCAAAGCUAAGAAUAAGCGUUUAAGAGCUGAGAAUCAUCCAUUAGAGUGUUGUGUUCUUUUCGAAGUGUUAACAAGUCCCGGAAUAGCUACACUGAUGCCAGUGGGUAGAUGUAGGGUUGCCCUUAUGAUGAACCCACAUGCACAUCAGCAAGAAAGUUUGAGAUAGUUUGUCAAGCGUGUUGAAUAUAAUUAUUUAAGUAGAAAAUUAUGCAAGUCAAUGGGGGCCAAUGUUGUACGGUUACCAACAUUCUUCAAAAUAUCUUCUUUUGUGUUCUGCUGAAGAAAGAAAGUCAUACAGGUUUGAAAUGACAUGAGGGUGAACUAUCCCUUUAAACACAUUUAUGACCUAACAUCACUGCCCAACCUCACUGUGUUGAAAGCCUUUCUAAAAGAGUGGCAGCUGUCGGAGAGAACUACCUCCCUAACAAUGCCAGUGUUUUUUCCCAAUUUCUCAUUUACUUUUUCCUAUUAAUGCCAGUGAGUUUGAAGUUAUGCUUGGUGUUCGGGUGUCCACAUAUGCUUGGCUAUAUAGCGUGCCAGUUUAUAUUAUUUCUUUACAUAGAAUGUAAUUUAUAGGGGCAGUUUCAGCCACAGGGAUUAGUUUAAAACAGGACUAGGCCUCCGUUAAAUUAGGAUAUUUAAGUCCUUUUAAAAGAACAUACCUUAUAAAAACAUUACUGGUGUGCAUCUCGAGACAAAACAAACACACUAAAAUGUUUUAAGAUAUGUCAGUGUGAGUUGUUUUCGAUCAAGACACCCUAACAUUUGAGUUAGUCUGGGACUAGCCUUAAACCCUGUCCGGGAAACCGCCCCAUAAGGUUUAUUUGAUGGCCUUUAAAUGAGGACUAUGAAAGAAUUCAGUCAAUGUCCUUUAGUACACAUUAUCCUUAAUCAAAAUGAAAACAUUGGCCUGAUGCAAUCGAUGAUUAGGCAAGACAUGCAAGUUUUACGGUGAGGAAAUAUAACAGACAUUUUAAACUGAGAAUAUGUCUGUAUAGUAUUUUAAUGGUUAUAUUACUGUAUAUAAACCAUUAAAAUGUCUAUUGUUUGUUCAGCCUAGACUUCUACCUGGAGACAUACAUGACAACAUUCUUGAAAACUGGAGUUUUGGAGGAUGUAGCUGAGCUGUGAACAAUGCUUGUUUUAGAGCAAAGUAUGAAAGGUGAGAUGCAGGUCUCUCAGACACACGCACGGUCCAGACGUGCAUCUGUCUAAUAGCAGCACACAUGGGCUGUGGCCAGCUAACAGUUCUCAUUGGUCUCUGGAGGUCUCGAUGUCUGAACUUCACAAACAUCUGGAGACACUGGUGCAUUCUGUUCUGCACUCAUCAACAUUCUUGUGUUAGGCGGAAUAACCUUCUAUGGUUUUGUUUAGCUUCUUCUUUUUUGUUUAAUUUUAUUACUCCUUAUUUACUACUUGUGGUGAAAGUUUCAAAUCAUUUUUAAUUAUAGGAAAUGUUUGGAUUAUAACCACAAGAGGGAGUAGGGUGUAUGACUGCCAUGCAGUACUGUGCUGUAUGAACUGAACGUUUUAGAUAUAGAUAUCAUUUUUGAAAGUUAGAAAUAGUUUUAAUUUGUUAUCUAAUUUAGUUGUUAACGUUACGGUAAAUGACUUGUAGAUCAAAUUUUAUGGACAGAAAUGUAAGAAAUUCUUGUCUGUGCAAAACACACACACAAAACAUUCUUUUCUUCUGCAGAACACAAAAGAAGAUAUUUUGAAGAAUGUUGGUAAUGGAACGAUAUUGGACCCCUUUGACUUUCAUUGUACGGACACAAAACUACUGAGACAUUACUCAAAAUAUAUUUUUUUCAUGUUCCACAGACAAAAGAGUCAUAUACAUGUUUUAAACAACAUGUGGGUGAAUAAAUGAUGACAGAAAGUUUUUGCGCCAUAGGCAUAAAUGGUCAUUUUGCGGCUUGUUACUAGAAAAUGUUACUAAAUGUUAUUUGUCGUUAUAUGUUGCACCAAGGCUUCCUGGGAAACGUAAUUUCGUUUUACUCUGCCUUGACUUGUUGUGUGAAAUGUUUUUUGAACAAUAGAAAUCAUCAGCAAUUCUCAUUUUGGUGCUUUCUUUAAAAAAUGUAAACGGAUGAAGCCAAUAUCUCACCCGAUCAAUCUAAAUGAUUAAAAACAACAGUUUUGGUGUACAGGAAGUGACUUACUCUCACAUAUAUCCCCAGUGUGUCUUUUCCAGGACGAGCAUUUUUGUACUUUGCACGAGUACGUCGCUGUGUGUGUGUGUGUCAUGCUCACAGGUAGCCGUGACAAUCGUAUUGAUCCUUCGACUCUUCCUCCCCACGAGAAUAUUCCACCGCACGGUUAACCAGCCUGCACAACAGGUGCUGAUGGAUUGAUGGCUGGAAAGAUGAAUGAUUGCUGAAAGAGAGAGAAAGCGUAAAAGCAACUUAUAUUUCUCCAGAGAAAUAUCGCUACACUGGAGGAGCCACUGAAGAGUGAGUGAGUGAGUGAGCGAGCGAGGGAGCGAGCGAGAGAGGGAGGGAGGGAGAUAAAAAAGUGACUCAGUAGUGAGAAAGAUAGUAAUAAAGUGAGAGGGAGGGAUGAAGAGGUGGAAGGUAUAAUUACAGGAGAGGAAGAGAGAGAGAGGACAAACAGAAGACAGAAGCCAGAGAGUGAGAGAGUGCAGGAGAAAGAGUCAGAGAAUUGUCUAACCCUGCCCACUUUCCACUAAACCAUUCAACUCCGGUACAGUGAGCUCUGCACUGUCAGGUUUCUCCAAAGCUCUGCUGCAGACAACACUGCAGACGGACCAGGACCGAGGACCUAUAGAAGACCAAUCUGCAGGAGCCGUGAUAUAUGUACACGUACGUACACCUGCAGAGGACCGGCGACAGCUCUCUCUUUAACUUUAUCAACAUGACUGCUCCCUUCAGAUAAGGAUUAUUUCUGGACUGGCCCCUUCGUUUUCCCUAUCGAUUUGACAAAUAAGCCAAGCGUUGACUGCCGAGCGGGUCCGUCUGACUGUCCGCGUGAAGCAGAGGUGUGAGUUCGCCGUCACUCAGGAUGUCCUCGUUUACGCUCGUGACGGGGGUGCUGCUGCUUUCCGGCUGCUUGUCGGGCGGCUGCUCACCCACGCCCGCCGAAACCGUUCUUCCUGGGGUAGAAGGUCUGGACCAGCAGCAGCAUCAGGCAGUUCAAGGUGUGCAGCAGACAGACGAUCCUGUGACCCUCUGCCCGUCUUGCGCUUUAGCCCAGAGACAGAAAGACUCGGGGGAGCAGACCGGCAUGUUGGAGGCGGUCAAGAGGCACAUCCUCAGCAUGCUGCAUCUGAACACCCGGCCCAACAUCACGCACCCGGUGCCCCGCGCCGCCCUGCUGAAUGCCAUCCGGAAGCUUCACGUGGGGCGGGUGGGUGAAGAUGGGACGGUGGAGAUGGAGGACGAUGGAAUGGGGCUCGGAGAGCACAGAGAGCAACCUGAGGAACAGCCCUUUGAGAUCAUCACCUUUGCAGAACCGGGUGACGCCCCUGACGUCGUGAAAUUUGAAGUCUCCAAGGAGAGUGGCACUGUAUCCGUGGUGGAGCAGGCCAAUGUUUGGCUGUUUCUUAAGGUUGCCAAAGGCAACCAAAGAAAGGGAAAGGUGUCCAUCCAGCUACUACUGCAUGAAAAAGCUAAUCAAAGCUUAACCACAGGACCCCAGGAAGUGGUGGUUUCUGAGAAGGCGGUGGACACGCGACGCAGCGGCUGGCACACGUUACCUGUGCCCGGCACGGUUCAGGCCCUGCUGGACGGGGACAGCAGUUCGCUCAGCCUACAUGUUUCCUGUCCCUUGUGCGGUGAAGCCGGCGCCACACCCAUCCUGGUUCCCGCAGAGGGCAGCAAGACCAAGGAGAGAGACCAAUCGCACCGACCCUUCCUCAUGGUCGUCCUCAAGCCAGCCGAAGAACACCAGCACCGCCGGAGCAAGCGCGGCCUAGAGUGUGACGGCAAAAUCCGCAUCUGCUGUAAACGGCAGUUCUACGUCAAUUUCAAGGACAUCGGGUGGAACGACUGGAUCAUCGCCCCGUCCGGAUAUCAUGCUAACUACUGCGAGGGCAACUGUCCCAGCCAUGUGGCCAGCAUCACAGGCUCAGCCCUGUCCUUUCAUUCCACCGUGAUAAAUCACUAUCGCAUGCACGGCUACAGCCCCUUUAACAACAUCAAGUCCUGCUGCGUGCCCACACGCCUCCGGGCCAUGUCCAUGCUCUACUACAAUGAAGAGCAGAUGAUCGUUAAAAAAGACAUCGAGAACAUGAUAGUGGAUGAGUGUGGCUGCUCAUAAGACUCCUAACAAACAGUUAUGGACGUAAAUCGUAUAUGUUGGUACAAAGCACAUAUCGGAGGAUUGGCAUGGUGUUUUCGCCCCGCAAACUUUCAAACUGGUAACUGCGAACAUGGGCAACGUAAUUGUUAAUAGACCGUUCCAAUAGGACUGGUUAUUGGAGUGGUCUUUGUGGCACUUUCAUAUAUGAAAUGAAGGAGGAUAAUAUAUUUUUUUUAAUGAAGGGACACACGGACUGAGGGAACGGGUGCAUGGGGUAAAAGUGUCAGCCCUGAUUCUCUGCACUGCAAUAAAGAGACAAUAAUGCUGAAGUGUGGAAUUAUAUAUUCUGAGAACGACAACCAUGCAACUCUAUGCAAUGUCAAGUAUUAUUACUGGAUGUCCUUUUUUUAUUUGUCUUAGCUUUUGGUUUUAUGCCAUUUUUAUUGAAAACCCGUUUCUCACAAAAAGAGUCAUAUUUUAGUACGUUGAAGAAGUAGUUGUGUUUAUUUCAUUCUGUUUUUGAGAAAUACUUGAACAAAACCUAGUUUGACCAGCUGCUGGAGCCAAACUACAUUAUUAUUGUUAUUAUUAUACAUUAUGAAUGUUUAUUAAAAGUAAUAUGAAUUUGCACUAAGCUGACAUUUUAACUUUGUUAAAGGGAGAAUUCGCCCAAACGUUAACAUUUACUUGCCCUCCCUAUUUCAUCCAUUUCUGAACUAAACUGUGUUUUGUUUAUUAAACAGCAUUUUAUUGUUUUGGUUUACAAUGCAAGUGGAUUGCAUUUGCCUCUUCUCAAGCUUCAAAAGGAUGCAAAAGCAGAAAAUCAAUACAUUUCUAUGCAACUCGUGCCAUAUGUAAUCAUGUAAAUGUGUGCAGGACAAAACAAAGCCGGUUUUCCUGCACUCGUGAACGCACAAUGGCACAGGUCAAAACACUCAAAAAAUGAUGGAUUUUAGUUUUUCAACAAACCUGUUCAUAUGCCUUGAAGGUAUUUGGAAUAUACAGGAUGAGUCACAUGGAGUUUUUUUAUGAAGCUUUUGCAUCGUUUUGGAGCUUUCUAUGAGGCAGUCGCAAUUCUUUCCCAUUGUAAAAAGCAAACUUAAAACUAUAUCUGGUUUGGUUCUGAACAAGGAAAACCAUAGGGUGGUUUAAAUGACACGAAUAAGGGUGAGUAAAUAAUAACUAAAUGUUCAUUUUUGGGUGAACUAUUCCUUUGAGCCCCAGAGCAGGACGGGCUGCAUUCCAGUUGCCAUAUGAGAGUGUAGAACUAUAUGCAUUUGGAAAUUAAAAAUAGCAAACCAAAGACCAUACACACCCCGUUCUCAGAGCAAAUCGCUGCAAUGCAAGGCUCAGUAAAUUUAUUGAAAUUAGCGACAACAGUGUAUGGCCAACAUAAUAUACCAUUAACAUAAUAUAGCACAUAAGAUAUUUUUCUGUUUGUUUGUCUGUUUGUUUUUCCUGAAACAGCCACAAUGUUAACAUGAAGACUUUUUGCUCUGUGUUUCAACAGUGUUUGUCUCUACCAAUGUAUAACAAAGGUCUUAGAAUCUGUACUGAAACUCAGCCUUCAAGCGUUAUUCUGGACAUAAAAAAGAAAAAUCUCCUGGCAGGGAGAUUCUUUGUCAGGGACAAAGUUUAAGACACUAAAGGACUUUGGAUUAAAAAAAUACUCUGUUUUGUGUAGAGUUAUACAACAUAUGGUGAUAUGUUGUUAUGUUGUACAAAUCAAAAUAUGUGCUUGUUAUGUUUUAUAUCUAAUUUAUUUUGCAGCAUAAUCUCUGCUUCACUAUUAAAGCUAAAAUGUAC